GAAUGCUUCCUGUUUGCCUCAGAACAGGUUUGAGCUGUGGCUGAGGGAUAAGCAGCGUCAAGAGAAGGGCAGCAGACAUUCUUCCACGGUGACAAAAUGGACUCUUUCAAAGGACCUUGUCCUCAUCAGACUGUUCCUGUUGAGAUGGAUGAGAGCAUGACGUCCUCCAGUCUGGAUUUGGUCUGGCCUCCCUCUUGUAAACAAUGCAGUGGACAUAAAGAGACCAGCAACAGGCCACAGGACUAUGGCUGCGAGCCACCUGGGGGAGCAUAUCAGACAGACAAAGGACAGAGGACACUUUCUGAGAGCCAGUACCAGCAUGAAAACAGAGCUGCCUGUAGCACUCCUCCAGAACCUUGCUUCAUACCCAAAACACACCCAGGACACAUGAAUGCCCAACUCCCUGCAGUUAUUUGGCCUCAUGGGUUGAGAGAGCAGGCACCGCUGCGUGAGUGGGACCGAAUGGAUAACCACAGUAGAGGCUCUGUGGGCCCUUCGCACGGGGUCCUGAACUUUUCUGUGGGGGAGGCAGAAUGCUUGGAGGCCCCUCUCCCGCUCGUGUCUGACGUUAACUGCCCCUACUCUGUCCCAUCACAGUACCCUGCUGUCCUUAUGCCUGCUCAGCAGCGCCCCAAUCCAAAGCAGGCAAACUAUCUCAGACACUGUGCGUGCUGCCCUCCGACAAACCUGCGGCAUCACAAUUAUAAUUAUCAUUAUAAGAACGAUUACCUGGCAGAUCCACACCACGAGUCUCAGCGCCACCAACAGCCCAGGAAUCCCUCACAAAACAGGCUGCACCUGAAAGAUGCCCAUGAGCCCGUGCCUCGGAGCGUGCUGCCUCCCAGAGAUGUGAUGCAUGAGGUCAGCGUGGAUUUCUCUGGCCAGCCAGGACCUGCCACGAGGGAGAUCAGGAAGACCAUCAGCCUACCUGAGGAGUGUAGGAAUGUUUUCAUCACAUAUUCAGUGGACACAGCCGAAGAAAUUAUUCUCUUCACCAAAUUUCUGAAUGAUCAGGGAUUCAAACCAGCAAUUGAUAUUUUUGACAACCCAAUCCGAAGAAUGGGCAUCACCAAAUGGAUGGACAGGUAUCUGAACGAUAAAUCAGUGCUCAUCAUUGUGGUCAUCAGCCCCAAGUACAAGGAGGACGUGGAGGGAGAUGGAGAUGACGACCACGGCCUGCACACGAAAUACAUUCACAAUCAGAUCCAAAAUGAAUUCAUCCAACAAGGCUGCCUGAACUUCAGACUGGUACCUGUACUGUUUCCCAAUGCAACUAAAAGACAUGUCCCCACCUGGCUCCAGAGCACCAGGAUCUACCGCUGGCCUCAGGACACCCAGGACCUGCUGCUGCGCCUGCUCAGGGAGGAGCGCUACAUCAUCCCGGGACGGGUGUCGGACCUCACCCUAACUGUUCGUCCCCUCUGAGAACAACGACAAGUGACAGACACGUGGGAAAAAAUACGCAAUUUAAAGAAAAAAGGUUUGGCAGUAAGUUAUAAGUUAUUAACGUCUGACACUGGGACGCCGUUAACCUGUUAGACCAGUAACUGCUGACUACUGACUCAUGUUUCAAUCAAACCAACGCAUGGUUGCCAUAUUUUCUGACAGAGUCCCUCUCUGUUUGACUCUGUGUAUCAUAUUUUCUAUAGAUGUGAUACGCUUCCUAAUUCCUUCAACCACAUAUCAAACUUUGGGGAGGGCUCUCAGAUUUCCAGAGAGAUGAAGCCUCUUUAAAACAUGUUUUCUAUUUUGUAAUUUAGUUUUCAAUUAUUUUUUUUUUUUUAAUUUUUUAAAUUUAUAUAUCAUUUGCAAAUCUAAUGAAUCAGUUUAUGGCAGCUUCUUCAGAUUAAUCAAAUUAUUUAAAGUACAUUUAAAGUAAGCUAUAGCCUAUAAUUGUUCUAAUGCUGUACUCCACAGUACACCGUCGGUGUACUUGUUGGUAAAGCAUAUGAUUGACCAAAAGGUGGCAGCAUGUCCUGCUUAAUGAAAACACUCCCAGCCUUGGUGACCUCUUUAUGGCAACAGCUCUAAUUUCCAGUUAACAUUAGUUCAUGUUUUCACGUUGUGUCUGUUUGUUGGUUUAUUUGUUUGUUUAUUUAUCAGCAAGAUUAUGCAAAAAGUACCAAACCAGUUUGCACCAGGCUUGACUUGAUGGAGGGAUGGUCCAUGGUCCAGGGAAGAUCCCAUUACAUUUAGGUGCAGAUACCUAAAUGUAUCUGCACCUAAAUGUAAAUCACUUUCCUUAACAUUGCAAGAGAGGGCAUUUUUAUGUUUUCAUUAAUGUCUUAGGAAAUGAUGUUUGAAUCUUGAUGUAAAAAAAAAAAUCAGACAUAUUUACAGUGUUGAGUUUUAUGAGUUUGUACAAUGUGGUUCAGAUGCUGAGUCAGGUUAUCUGCAAAUGCUGAAUCUGGAUUGAGUUGUUCUUACUAUGUUUUAUGACAAAGAAAACAUUUAUGUUUUGAGACCUUUUUCCUUUUAUUUUACUCAUUGUAAGAAAAAAAAUGUUAUUUUGGACUAAAUGAACUGUUUUAACU